AUGUCAACAAAUAAGAUAUCAGAAGAGGAGGGCACUUCAGCAGACGCAGAAGAUAGCACUAGGCAAUUUAGGUCACAGUCAAUGGAGGAGUCUGAAUUUAUUACACAACCAUCAAAUUCAUUAAAUGAAGCCUCUCGUUACCUGGAAAGGAAUUCUUCUAAUGAGAUUUAUGAUGCUCAUACUGAAAAGGAUACAUUACAGUCAGCAUCUUCGGGAAGCAAGUCUCUUGAAGAACAAAUGCAAAAUGUUCGGUUUUCUGAAACAAGCACUAGGGAUGCCAGCCCCCAGUCAGAGCCAGAGACUUCAGAAAGCGAAUCAGUAUCAUCAUCAGCAUCAGCAUCACUAACUGAAGUGACUACAGACUCUUUGGCCUUAGUUAACCUUCAGCCUCAUGAAAAUGUAAAAGCUAGUGCACAACUCUCUGAAGAAAACCAGGCAAGAUUUGACCUAGGGUCAGAUAACUUUACAGUUAAUCUUGAGGCCAAGGGUUUACAAGAGUUUCCUAAGGACAAUUUAAAAGAGAAAUAUGUUAAAUACCUAUACUUAGAUAAUAAUAAGAUAAAAACUUUUCAAGGGGCAGAUUUAGAUGAUCUCCUAGGACUUGAAAUUAUAUCCAUGCAAAAUAAUGAGUUAUCAUCACUUCCAUGUGAAAUUCUGUUACUUAAUAAUUUAAGGAUAUUAAAUGUCAGUCACAACCAAAUAUCACAUAUACCUAAAGAAAUACUAAAUCUUGAGGAGAUAAGGCAACUCUCUUUAAAUGACAACUAUAUUGAGAAUUUUUCUUCUCCUGACAGAGAAUGUCUUAGAAACUUAGAAAUUUUAAACUUGAGUAAAAAUCAAUUCAGACAUAUACCAGAGAGUCUGCCUAAUUUGCAAAACUUGAGGAUUCUUGACUUGGCAUGUAAUAAGUUGACAAUAUUUCCUAAAACUCUCUGCCUCCUUCCAAAAUUAAUUUCACUAAACCUUGCUGGAAAUUUGAUAUGCAGUUUGCCAAAAGAAAUUAGAGAACUUAAAAAUUUAGAAUACUUUUUACUGGAUCAUAAUAAACUUACUUUUUUGGCUGUAGAAAUUUUUGAAUUAAGUAAAAUAAAAGAACUCCAAUUAGCUGACAAUAAAUUGGAGGUUAUUUCACCCAAAAUUGAGAAUUUUAAAGAACUUAGGAUUCUUAUACUUGAUAAAAAUUUAUUGAAAAAUAUACCGGAGAGAAUUUCCUACUGUACAAUGUUAGAAUGCCUCAGUCUUAGUGAUAACAAAUUAAUAGAACUCCCUAAGAACAUAUAUAAACUUAAAAAUUUGAGAAAACUACAUGUAAACAGAAACUACAUAGUGAAAAUAAGUGAAGAUAUCUCACAUCUUACCAAUAUAUGUAAUCUAGAAUUUUCAGGAAAUAUAAUAAAAAAUGUUCCCAUUGAAAUAAAAAAUUGCAGAAAACUAACUAAAGUUGAAUUGAAUUAUAAUAAAAUACCACAAUUCCCAGUGGGACUGUGUGCUUUAGAUUCCCUUUAUCAUUUCAGUUUUAAUGGAAAUUCUAUUUCAGAAAUACCUGUGGAUGUAUCUUUCAGUAAACAAUUGCUUCACUUAGAAUUGAAUGAAAAUAAACUCCUCAUAUUUUCUGAUCACUUAUGUUCUCUGAUGAAGCUUAAAUUUCUGAAUCUUGGUAAAAACCAAAUAAGGAAAAUUCCACCAUCUAUUUCCAAUAUGAUAUCACUCCAUGUACUUAUUUUAUGCCGUAAUAAGUUUGAAACUUUCCCUAAAGAACUGUAUACUUUAAAAAAUUUGCAAGUACUUGAUCUUUCCGAAAACAAAUUACAGGCAAUUCCUUCAGAUAUAUGUAAUUUAAAAGCAAUCCAGAAAUUAAACUUCUCAAGCAACCAUUUUAUGAGUUUUCCUAUUGAACUGUGCCAACUUCUAUCCCUAGAAGAGCUGGAUAUAAAUCAGGUCAACGGGACAAAGUUAACAAGACUUCCAGAAGAGCUUGCUAAUAUGACUCAACUUAAAAAACUUGAUAUCUCAAAUAAUGCAAUCAGAGAGAUUCCAAAGAAUAUAGGGGAAUUGAGAAGUUUGGUUAGUUUUUCUGCAUGUAACAAUCAAAUAAGUUAUCUUCCACCAUCUUUUUUAAUGUUGAAAGAGCUCCAGCAACUAAAUUUGAGUGGGAAUAAUUUGACAGCUCUGCCUAGUGCUAUCCAUAAUCUUGUUUCACUUAAGGAGAUAAAUUUCGAAGACAACCCUUUGCUGAGACCUCCAAUGGAAAUUUGUGAAGGAAAACAGUUGCACACCAUUGCCUGCUAUCUACACAGGGCAGAUGAAAGAGACGAGAAAAUCUUAGAGAAGAUAUUCAGGAUAGUUGCCAACAAUAUCACUGAAACAAGUUUUGGAUUUUUGUGUCAAAAACUAAACCUGAGAAAGUCAGAGUAUGAAGUCCUUACAAAGAGCACUGUUUUAUUCAAUGAAAAAGCCUACCAAGUAUUUGCUAAAUGGAAAACAGAAAACGUAUCACUAACUGCUGCUGCUUUAGAAAACCAACUAGUUCGGGCUCUAACUAUGAUAAGAGCAUAUGAAAUUAUAGACAAAAUAACAGCCUUAAAUCUUUUCACAAGUGCAACUAAGUUCUAA